GUGUGUGUGUGUGUGUGUGUGAUCAUCGAGGUAUGAAAUCUGCUUGGUUUCAGUGCUGUGUGUUUGGGCCAAUCUCAGUCUGAGUCUAAUUAGAGCUGCAGGUGGUAGUGUGGAGCCUCAUCAACACACACACACACACACACACUCUCUCUCUCUCUCUCUCUCUAUCUAUACACAUUAGGAUUUCCUGGAGUUUCUGCUUUUCAGAGGAACAAGAUUCCAAGCUGUUAAACAAAAGCACAGAGUUUGUGCUAAAGGGACAGACUUUCACUGAAACACAGACAGCGAGGACGUGGAGCCCUCAACUUUCCUCCUCCUCCUCUAUCAUCAUCAUCAGCAUGACAAAGCUCCGGGGGGGAGCGGAGUGGCGCGGCGCGCUCAGCCCGCACAGGGAGUCCGGAGUCCGGCUACAGAUCUCCACUCUGCCGCGGUGCACCGGGACCUUCGAGGAAACUUUGCGCACAAACUCCGGGGUCAUGGACGGCGUUUUUGCGCAACCCAGCAGGGCUAUGGGGAGUGUGUUACCACAGCUAACCGGCCCUGAAGAGAAACCUGUACCCGGAUUGAUGGACGCGCCUCGGGCUGGGACUCACGGUGCCUCCCGACUCCCCGCGGAUCAGCACGCCGGCGAGUAUGCGCCGAACGCCUGCAAGAAGAAGAACUACCAGCGCUACCCGAAACCGCCAUACUCUUACCUGGCAAUGAUCGCCAUGGUGAUCCAGAACUCACCGCAGAAGAAGCUCACUCUCUCCCAGAUCCUGAAAGAGAUCAGCACACUCUUCCCCUUCUUCAAAGGGAACUACAAAGGAUGGAGAGAUUCGGUGCGUCACAACCUGUCCUCCUACGACUGCUUCAUCAAGGUGCUGAAGGACCCGGGGAAGCCUCAGGGAAAGGGGAAUUUCUGGGCCGUGGAGGUGAGCAGGGUCCCUCUGGAGCUGCUGAAGAGGCAGAACACGGCUGUGUCCAGACAAGACGAAACCAUCUUCGCACAGGACCUGGCGCCUUACAUCCUGCAAGGGCACACUCCCGCUCUGCAAAACGAGACGCAGCCGGCCGCGCCCAGCCGCCGCCCGUCCCCCACUCCAGAAGACCUUUAUCGUCCCAAACUCGACUCGUCCUUUGCUAUCGAUUCGCUCUUGCACAGCUUUAGAUCGGCGGACGUGCUUAGGGGCAGAAGUGAUGGGUGGGGGGCGGAGCCUAAUCAUUGCUCGCCACGGCCUCGGUAUAUGUCGGCCAAUCGGAGCGCGUCGGCAAGUUCCGCCAGUCCCGCAUCAUCCUCGUCGUCAGACGAAGACUGGAGAGGGCUGACACGAUUCGAGGCGAGGAAACGAGGGACAGAUGGAGGACCCAACGAUUAUUUCCCGCCGAGCAAAAUGGUGAAGCGCGGUGCUUCAGCACCUCCUCCUCCUCCUCCUCCUUGGGAGCUGCCAACUUCCUACGCCAAAUACACCCCUCCGAACGCUGUAGCCCCGCCCAGCAUGCGUUUCAGCACAAACCCGUUCGUCCCUCUCGGCUCCGUUCCGUUCUACAGCCAUCACAUCACGCCCAAUCACUUUGGCGGCCGUUCGUACUGGCCUCUGUUGUCCGGUGGGCGUGUUUCGCUACAAGCUCCGCCCCUUCUGAUGGACUUGGACAGUAUGUUGCAGUCGGUUCCGCCCAACAAGAGCGUGUUCGACGUACAUACGCCACCAAACCAAUACGGACCUCCGUUUAGCAAGUAUUCCUAACCCUGCUGCUACCGAGAGAAUAUUUUUACACGGGGAAAAUGAAAACGUUUCGCUCUCCGUCCGAAGGCGGAAAUGUCCACGGUUUACUUUCACCGCGUCCGCUCGGGAUUGCUUCAGGGAAAUCUGCUGAUGAAUGUAGCGCAACAAUGUCCAAAUCCUUUGCACUGACAGUUUGCACUCAUUUUAUCUUUUUUACAUUUUUUUUUAAUGUUCACCUCGACGUUUGAAUGUUGUUUUGAAAAGCGACGUGUUGCCAAAACAGCGUAUUUAUCUGAUGUUUACACGCUUUUCGUGUCGCUUCUACCUCAGUUUUACCCUGAAACAUUUUUAAAAAGAAAUCCUACUACCUACUACUUUUGUCCUUUUGUGAAUGCUAAAAUGCUACACGGCUAACCUGCAUGCUAAAUUCCACACGUGGCUGUAAUGCUACUGUGAACGGUCAUGCUAACUGAUGGUCUGAUUAGUGUUCGUCACAUUGAUCUGAUGGAUGGUGUUGAUCACAUGGGUUACAGAUGAGUGUGUGUGUGUGUGUGUGUGUGUGUGUGUGUGUGUGUGUGUGUGUGAGAGACAGAGAGAGUCCCAACCCCCUGGUUUGAGAGAAUCUCGGUGCCGCUACAUCUGCAUGUUGAUGGCUCGUCGUUAGUCUGCAAUCUCCUGAGCUAUUCAGGGGAAACUUAUCAAAUGCAGAUAGGUGUGUGUGUGUGUGUGUGUGUGUGUGUGUGUGUGUGUGUGUGUGUCUGUCAUUGUUCUUUAUUGUUAAGGGCUAUUUUAUACCAAAAAAAACCCAUUCAUCCCAAUGGUUCUGUCCAUUUCUUUCCUAAUCCUCGUCCUAAUUAUUUUUGUUGUUGUUCUUGAGAUUUUAAAGGGACCCGAACCAUUUCUACGCACAUCCUGUAUAUGGUUUAUUUUAUUCUUGUGUUAUUUUAAAUUUGGAAGUGUGUCGCAUGUUCCCCACAUUGUCCUCUUGUUUACUCCAAGUGGAACGGACUUCAGGUAGUUGUUUUUUUAAAAGUUUUAUAUAUAAGUUGCCGUCGUGUGGUGAAUUAAAAGUGAUGUGUGAGGAAUAAAACGCUCAGGGUGGUGCUGUCAGAGGAAAAUAAUCAUUCAUGUUUGAUCUGUUUUCCUGUAACAGCACGGCUCUGAGUAUUUAUUUCUCUAA